UCCAGCAGCAGUUGUCACUUGAGCAGUCGAUGGUCGAGUGGCACAUGUCCUGCUCUGAGUUGGACCCUCUUGUCUCUUCAGGACUCUUUCCCUCCGCGAUCGGGGACUUGGACUAUCUUGUACUUGGACGUCCUUUCAAAAUCGACUGGCCUUCGUCCAGAUUCAAGACGCUGUGUCAGAGCGCGUCCACAACACCGUUCGGUAUCUUUAACCUUUGACGGAGCUGCCCAGCUUAGGUGAAGGGGAGGGCAGAGCAUCCCAGUUCAGCCUGAGUGUGGACGACCUGGCUCCCAGAAACAGGACCAUGAUCUGAAGAGGGUGCCACACACACUGAAACCCAUUCUUCCUCUUCUCCUCCUCCUCCUCCCUCUUUUUUAUUUUAUUUUCUUUUAUUUUAUUUUUUAAACAAACAAACCAAAAACUACACGGUGACAUCCUUCCUGCUGGGCCACUCCAGCAAAGUCUACCCGAGAGACUUCAUCAACUACAUUUGACCUCUGACCCCACGCCACUCGCCGCUGCUCCUCCCACCACCACACCGGCAUCAUGGGGAGGAAAAAGAUUCAGAUUCAGAGGAUCACGGAUGAACGCAACAAACAGGUCACGUUCACCAAGCGAAAGUUUGGCCUGAUGAAGAAGGCGUACGAGCUGAGCGUCCUGUGCGACUGCGAGAUUGCCCUCAUCAUCUUCAACCACACCAACAAGCUGUUCCAGUACGCCAGCACCGACAUGGACAAGGUCCUGCUCAAGUACACCGAGUACAACGAGCCGCACGAGAGCCGGACCAACGCCGACAUCAUCGAGGCUCUGAACAAGAAAGAGCACCGGGACUCUGAGAGCCCAGACCCCGAGGAGCCCUUCUCCCUCACCCCCCGCACUGAGGAGAAAUACAAAAAAAUUGACGAGGAGUUUGAUAAAAUGAUGCAGAACUAUAGGCUGUCAUCUACAGUCCCACAGCCGACCUUCUCCAUGCCAGUGACCGUGCCGGUGUCCAAUCAGAACGCAGCAGCAGCCCUCCAGUUCAGUAAUAACCCCGGCGGUGCCCUGGUCACCACCACGUCCUUCGUCACCUCCACCCUCACAGACCCUCGCCUCCUGUCACCACAGCAACCAGCUCUGCAGAGGAACCCAGUGUCGCCAGGGUUACCACAGCGACCUGCCAGCGCAGGUGCUCUGUUAGGAGAUCUGGGGAAUUCAAAUGGAGCGUGCCCAAGUCCAGUCCCUAAUGGCUACAUCAGUGCCAGAGCCUCCCCAGGCCUCCUCUCUGUAUCCAACGGCAACAGCCUGGGCAAAGUUGUCCCGGCGAAGUCUCCACCGCCGUCCAACCCACAGAUGGUUAACAGCCGCAAGCCGGACCUGAGGGUCAUCACCUCGCAGAGCAGCAAGAGCCUCAUGCAGCCGACAGAGGACGAGCUGGAGUUGGUGAGUGAGAAUGCUCAGCGGCUAGGGUUGUCCCAGGUGGCCCAGCCGCUCACCACGCCUGUGGUCUCCGUGGCAACGCCCAGCCUCCUUGCGCCCUUCUCUGGCAUGCAGACGGCCUACAACACCGAGUACCAUCUGAUGAGUGCAGAUCUCACGGCGCUCCAGACGUUCACACCGCCGGGGCUGGUGCCUGGCAACAUGGCUGCCUGGCAACAGCAACCGGCAGUCUCCCAGCAUCAGCAGCAGCAGCAGCAGCAGCAGCAGCAGCAUCAGCAGCAGCUGAACCUGGCGUCGCUCAGUAACUUGGUCAUGUGGGGUGCAGAGAAACAGAAUGCAGACAUGGUUAACUGCAUCUCCAAUUUUGCUGCUAACCUGAGGCCGGUGGGGAACAUACCUCAGGGUGCUCUCACAGUCAACACCAACAACAUCAACAUCAAGUCCGAACCUGUUUCACCCAACCGCGACCGCAGCACUCCCAGCUCCACCUGCGGUAUCGGGGGAGUAGGAGGUGGAGGUGGUGGAGGAGGAGGAGGAGGAGGAGGGCAGGGUCAAGGUCUGGUGUCCAUCGCGUAUCCCGGUAACCUGCGCCUGGAGCCCGGAGGCCAAGGUCGCUCGCCCGUCGACAGCCUCAGUAGCAACGGCAGCUCGUAUGACGGCAGCGACCGGGACGACGGCACCCUGGGACGAGCCGGGGCCGCGGACUUCCACCAGGCCGGCGCCGGGGUCCAGCAGCCCACCAUGGUCCUCCUGCGACCCUCGUCGGCCGAGCCGCAGGACCAGGACGGGACCAACGUCAAGAGAAUGAGACUGGACACCUGGGUGACAUAAAGGGACGCCGGCAGAGGGACGGACAGACGGACGGAUGGAUGGACAGAUGGAGGAUGUGUACUUACUUGUGGCUUGUGUACAUGCCCUUACCAGCCCCAGUGACCCUCGGUCUCACUUCCUGCACACACAUGCACACACACACACACACUGUCCAUGCACGUGUAUGACAUACAUGUUUGAAUGAACACACUUCAACUCCCCCACACACACACACACACUAAUGGAAAAACCAAGGACAGUUUGUCACAUGAUCAUAAAAAACUUUAAUCCUAAUUUUUCCCCCAUCUGUGGAAAUUAAAACUCUAAAUUUGGCCACUUGGACUUUUUGUCAGCAAACACAUCAGCAGCAGCCGGGGACGACGUCCUCACUGUCCUCACUGUCCUCACUGUCCUCACUGUCCUCACUGUCCAUGUAUCCACAGUAGGUUCGGUUGAACACGACGGCGCCGCCAUGGAAUCGGCGCCAAGAAAACCCGUCCACAUCUCCGCACUCGUUGGCCCCCGACGAGGUCGUGGCUGUUGUCGCUCUCCGUUGUUGCUUCUUUUUGAAGAGCCUCAGCUUUUCUUUUCUUUUUUCUUCUUCUUUUUUUAAAGUGUGGAGUUUUUGUUCGUUUUGUCUCGACUGUUGAUCUUUUAGAGUUUGGAUUUGGUUUUGAAUAUGAAGACACUAAAAGGAAAAAAAAAACAAAAAAAACAACUCACUUUGACCCACUUCGGCCCUGCAGAGGACAGAUGGCGCCAUCAGCCCCCGCCCGCCCCGCCCCACCCCCGCCCCCCAGGUUUUUUAGUUUUUUCUUAAAACCUGAACUGUGAAGAUUUUGCUGUAAAAGAAAAACACAAACGAGGAACGUGAUUUGUUUUCCGAGGUACAGACUUUGCUUUGAAUCAGGGACGAGCUGCGACAGCUCGGCGACACAUGACACAGACACUCCUCGCUCCGCCCUCGCCGUGUCAACGACAGAUGCUGAGAACAAUGUGUGUGUGUUACUAUGUGUGUGUGUGUGUGUGCGUGUGUGUGUGUGUGUGUGUGUAAAUGGGAUUGUUACCUCAAUUUUCUUUUUCUGUUUUUUUUCUUUUUUUUUUAAAAAACACACAAAGCAAUUUGGACAAAUUUUCAGUCUCGUCAUCGACACACACGCGAUGCACAGCAGCAGCAGCAGCAGCAGCAGCAGCAGCAGAAGUUAUUUUUGUGAAGCGACUCGUGUUUAUGAACAGGAACGCUGGUGUAAAUAAGCAAUCUGUAACCUUUGUGGCUUCUGUCUGUGUGACGGGGCGGGGGGGGGCGGUGUCUUGAAGGUUUAAAAAGUAGAUCAUAUAUAUCAGUAUACAUACAUACAUAUAUAUAUAUAUAUAUAUAUAAAUAUCUAUAUUUAAAGAGCUUGAGGCGGUGGAAAAGGCAGCUGCUGGGGGGUUAGGAGACGACGACGACAGACGACAGGGAUUGUAUAUACGUUUAUUUGGCAGGACGUCCCUCAACGGAAAAACAACAAAAAAAACACAAGCGUUGAUUCUCAGUGGAGCGCUCUCUUUGUUUUCUAAUUAUUUAUGCGUGUAUAUAAAGUGUUUUAAGUCCACGAGAGGGCGCUGUAGAGGCGGAAAGGGAAAAGUCGUAGCCGUGUGGGUGACUUGGACUGUUCUGAGCGAGCGUUGCUUCAGACUCUUGUCACUGAUUGAUUGAGCGCACUUUACCUGAGACCCCCCCCCCCCCCACACACACACACACACAUGUGCUACAGUUAGACUGAUACAAUCAACAAAAGACAAAAUUGUGCACUUUGUUUUUUUUUUUUUUUUAUUCUAACUUCCAAAUUGUUAAUUUAAAAUAAUUUCAAUCCUAACGUGGCUUCUGUUCCGGCCUCCUCAUCGACCCCGUUUAAAUUAUGAUUUAAUUUAAUUUAACUUAAUGCCGUUUAAAUGAAACCGCACAAAAGUGUGAUAUGAAAUGAUAUGAAGUAAUUGUGACAUGACGAGCCAAAGAAAAAGUAACCCUUUCACAAAUUAGAAUAAUAAUAGGAUCAUUUAUUUAUUAAUUUAUCAUUUUUAAACAACUUAAAAGUCCAAAUGUGAUUGUUUCACACUCUAAAGCCAGUAAACCCCCUUGUUUCUGUUCUACAAUCACUACUUGUUGAAUUAUCAUAGUAAUUUAUUUUAUUAUCAAGUCAUUUAUUUUACAGUUUAUCAAAGAUUUACAUUUUUUUGCAGCGUCGGUGAACGUCCAGAAGUGAGUUAAUCUACGAGAACGAGAGCCAAGGAUGUUGGUUUUUCCUCUUUUUUUAAAGCCGUGUGUGUAUUUAAAGGUUUCCUCUCUCGCCUGUCACUGGUUGGCUGAUUUUUUUAAUUUAAAAGGCAGAGGAGCUGUGAAGGAUGUCCUUUUUUUGAGUCAGGGAGGCUUCAGCGGGUCGAUUUUCUGAACAUAUAGUGGUGAAGAGUGAAAAUGGAUGUGUUUAUUUUUCCGAGCGUCGCCUAGUCGCUUGUUAAAAGCUGCGGAGGUUUUUUAUUUGUUAAGCUGGAGUUUUUCAGAACGAGUCCUCGCCCUAAACCACACAGGCCCUCAUCAUCGGCCUGUCACCUCUCACCCCUUUUAACUUUACUCCUAAUCUCAAGACGACACUCACACACACACACUUGCACUUAUACACACAUUUACGCUCUCAUUUCUGCUCAACCGUCCAGACAUCAGCGCCAAAAUGACCACAGAUAAUCCGUGGUAUAACGACCCCCGUCCACCCGAACCUCACGACACACUAAGCCCCCCGUCGCCCUCUCUCGCGCGUCACGACUUCAGUUUUUGCUUCCGUGCAUCUGUCGCUCACUCUCAUAAAAAAAAAAAACUCUGAAAUGUAAACACUUUGACUGUUACGACUGUUGUGCCCUGAGCUUCGAACAAAAACAAUAUUACCAUGACCCAUACAUUCACAGAGCACUCAUAAAACAUAAUGCUGGAGAGGUUUAAAACAAAGACUGUACACUAGGGGGCGCCUCCACUGGUAGCCACUUCUCAGUUGGCAAACAUGUUUUCGUUAAAACAUGUUUUAUGUUAUCAGCCAGUAGGAGGAGCCUGGUUAUGUCCGGUUUCAAAAACUUGACACAAUCUUGACGUUUUGUUUUGCAACCGGACGACUUUACGUCUUAAUCUUUCAUAUCCAGUUUGGCUUCAAUAACAGAUUAACACACUUUUUGCUUUACUCGCGUAAAAAAAAACCA